AUGGACCUGAUUCUCUCUUGUCGCCAAUCUUGCCCACCCCUCAAGCGUCUCUCAACCGGAAUCCUUGCUCUCCAUCAGAUGGUCAUGUCGGAGCGUAUCCAGGCCAAUCUGACGCCCUCUUGGCUGUUCGCCUGCCAAUUGGCCGAGGCCAUGGGCCUUCAAGCCGCACGGAUCCUUCAGCAUCAAGACGCCACCUUCGAGGACACCCACUUCGGCCUCCACCCGCAGAGUCAUGGCCUCUCAAGAGUCCGUGUCAAGCCGCCUCGUGUAGUCAUGGAGGCACCUUUUCUCUAUGCUCGCUGGGCAGGAUUGUGUAAGUGUGUUUGUAAACACGUCAUUUGGGUCACUUUGGUUACCGUCCACCCAAUGGCUAUGUCAUAG